AAGUCUUUUAAGUAAUGAAGAUGAGUUGAGGUGAGGAUCGAUAUCGAACUGGUAAUGGCAAGCAACAACAACAACCAGACACACCGUCCUUACAGACACCUGAAAACCCUAACCGCCCACACCCAAGCCGGACAAAAAACCCUAACCGCCCACACCCAAGCCGUGUCCUGCGUCAAGUUCUCCAACGAUGGCACCCUCUUCGCCUCCUCUUCCCUCGACAAAACCCUAAUCGUCUGGUCCACCGAAACCCUCUCCCUCGUCUCCCGCCUCGAAGGCCACUCCGACGGCGUCUCCGACCUCGCCUGGUCCUCCGACUCCCACUACAUCUGCUCCGCCUCCGACGACCGCACCCUCCGCAUCUGGGACGCACACGCGGCCGAGUGCGUCAAGACCCUCCGCGGCCACACCAACUUCGUCUUCUGCGUCAACUUCAACCCCCGGUCCAACCUCAUCGUCUCCGGAUCCUUCGAUGAGACCGUUAGGGUUUGGGACGUCAAGACCGGCCGCUCCGUCCAUGUCAUUCCCGCCCAUUCCAUGCCCGUCACGUCCGUGCACUUCAAUCGCGACGGCUCGCUUAUCGUCUCCGGCAGUCACGAUGGGUCUUGCAAAAUUUGGGAUGCCGACACAGGCGCGAUCUUGAAGACGCUCAUAGACGAUAAGGUUCCUGCCGUGUCUUUUGCCAAGUUCUCGCCCAAUGGAAAGUUCAUACUUGUUGCAACUCUGGACGAUACUCUUAAGCUCUGGAACUACUCGACUGGGAAGUUCUUAAAAAUUUAUACUGGCCAUGUGAACAAAGUAUAUUGCAUAAUGCCCACGUUUUCAGUCACAAGUGGGAAAUACAUUGUCAGUGGAUCUGAGGAUAAGUGUGUUUACUUAUGGGAUCUACAGGGGAAAAAUAUGGUUCAGAAACUUGAAGGCCAUUCUGAUACUGUCCUUUCUGUAUCUUGCCACCCCACUAGGAAUAUGAUUGCUUCCGCCGGCCUUGAUAGAACUGUGAGAAUUUGGGUUCAAGGUGCUUGAAUUAUUCAACAUUGAUAUAUUGGUAAGCCUCCGUAUUUAACUGGCCAGUAACUAACUGAACAAACAAAAAUAGAAUCGUAAAGAAGAACCAGGAACCAGGAACUUUAGGGUUCCUCAUGACAUGUCAAAAACAAAAUGAAGAGCACGGUUUCGUUCUGCAAAGUGGAGGUAAGCUAUUAUAUCUCUAUUUGCAUCCAUGGCAAUGCGUCAGGCCCUGUUCAACAUCUUGCAUGAUUCUACUGAGUAUUUUAACUAAUGGAUGAAGAGAAAGGGGGAAAGAGGUACAAGUAAACUUGCUACUAAGAGUUCUGUUUUCAGGAACAAAUAAAGAUACCUUUUUGCGUAUGAGGUCAACCAAUACACCAUAUAUUGUCUAUCCUUUUCAACCCAAUAAUGGUGCAAUAUACCUCUUGUACAUUAGGAACAAUUGUCUUGGUUGCUGAAUCUCAUACAACAAUCUUGAUAUACCUCUUUUAAUAGAUUUGAUUGUUUAGCUCAAUCCUUGUAAUAUAAAUUAUCUUAAGCAGUGUGUCUACAAAUAUUUAACGAUAUAUUGUGAUAUAUUGUGAUGAAGCGGAUUCUUUUUUCAGCCAUUUAUGUGAUAUAUAUUUCAGCCUUCUUGCAUUACCA